GGCGGCAGUGACGGGGGGGCUUCGCUUUAUGCCGUCGCCUCAUCAUCUGUAAGGGGGAACAAUAAACAGCGUCUGAUGAAAGCAAGUGUCUGUUUUGGUGGGGGGGAUCUGCCAUCCGAAACCGACCGGCUCUGUCUGCGUGAAAUAGGGAAUGAACGACGAGACAGCAUCGGACAGCUGGAAGAGAAACUCCGGGUGCUCCAGUAUUGAGCAAAUGCUGGCUGUGAAUCCCGGAAAGACGCCCAUCAGUCUGCUGCAGGAGUAUGGAACGCGGAUAGGCAAGACCCCAGUGUAUGACCUGCUGAAGGCCGAGGGACAGGCCCACCAGCCCAACUUCACGUUCCGCGUCUCCGUCGGAGAGAUCAGCUGCACCGGCCAGGGGCCCAGCAAGAAGGCAGCCAAGCACAAAGCAGCUGAGGCUGCUCUGAAGAUGCUAAAGGGAGGCCUCGGAGGUCCUGCUGGAGUUGGUAUUGGAGUAGACGGGUUUAUUGGGGUUGAUGUGUCUACUGAUGCAGAUGGUGCCCAGUCAGAGAUGAAGACCACAGGCACUUCACAGCAGUCUGAAUGCAACCCUGUAGGGGCUCUGCAGGAGCUGGUGGUGCAGAAAGGAUGGCGUUUGCCAGAGUACACGGUCACUCAAGAGUCUGGUCCAGCACAUCGCAAAGAGUUCACCAUGACCUGCAGAGUGGAGAGAUUUGUAGAAAUCGGAAGUGGUACAUCUAAGAAGCUAGCCAAGAGAAACGCAGCAGCUAAGAUGUUGUCACGCAUACAUGAUGUCCCCGUAGAUAUGAGGACCAGCAAUGAUCCUGACGCCGAAGAUGAUACAUUUACUAUGAACAUGGGCAGCAGAGUGGAGUCGGGUAAAAGUAAAGGCUUCAGCUGCACGUGGGAUUCUCUGCGUAACUCUGCCGGUGAGAAGAUCCUCCAACUCCGCAGCCACCCUCUGGGCAUGCCCUCUGAUUCCAACUUCUGCUCUUUGCUGAGUGAACUGUCUCUGGAGCAGCGCUUUGAUGUCAGCUACCUGGACCUUGAGGAGCGCAGUCUCAGCGGCCUGUGCCAGUGUCUCGUGGAGCUCUCCACGCAGCCAAUCACCGUGUGUCACGGCUUCGCCCCAAACAUAGAUGGUGCCCGAGCCAACGCAGCCCACAAUGCACUGCAGUACCUCAAAAUCAUGGCAGGAGGGAAAUGACGAGCGUGUCAGCC